CCAAUGGGGAGGUCCAGCAGGAUGGAGGGCGAGGACUGGCAGCCGUAGACCUUCUGGGGAAUCGCUGGCAGCGGAGCGCGGGUAGCCGAGCAGAGGCGGCCGAGAGCCAUGGCAGCGGUGGUGGCGGCGGCGGCAGUGCGGACCCGGAUCCUGCAGUUUUCUUCCAAAGUGAAAUCCACCUGGUAUUCAGCAUCUUCCUUUUCUUCUUCAGUGCCAACUGUAAAGCUCUUCAUCGAUGGGAAAUUUGUUGAAUCCAAAAGCGACAAAUGGAUCGAUAUCCACAAUCCAGCCACCAAUGAGGUAAUCGGUCGUGUCCCUCAGGCCACCAAGGCUGAAAUGGAUGCAGCCGUCGCUUCCUGCAAACGUGCUUUUCCUGCAUGGGCAGACACUUCAGUAUUAAGCCGUCAGCAGGUCAUGCUCCGCUAUCAACAACUUAUUAAAGAAAACUUGAAAGAAAUCGCCAAGUUAAUCACGUUGGAACAAGGGAAGACCCUAGCUGAUGCUGAAGGAGAUGUAUUUCGCGGCCUUCAGGUGGUUGAGCAUGCCUGUAGUGUGACAUCUCUCAUGCUGGGAGAGACCAUGCCAUCCAUCACCAAAGACAUGGACCUUUAUUCCUACCGUCUGCCUCUGGGAGUGUGUGCAGGCAUUGCUCCAUUCAAUUUUCCUGCCAUGAUCCCCCUUUGGAUGUUUCCCAUGGCCAUGGUGUGUGGAAAUACCUUCAUAAUGAAACCAUCAGAGCGAGUCCCUGGAGCAACUAUGCUUCUUGCUAAGUUGCUCCAGGAUUCUGGUGCCCCUGAUGGAACACUGAACAUCAUUCAUGGACAACAUGAAGCUGUAAAUUUUAUUUGUGAUCAUCCAAACAUCAAAGCAAUCAGCUUUGUGGGCUCCAACCAAGCAGGAGAGUACAUCUUUGAGAGAGGAUCGAGAAACGGCAAGAGGGUUCAAGCCAACAUGGGAGCCAAGAACCAUGGAGUAGUCAUGCCAGAUGCCAAUAAGGAAAAUGCCCUGAACCAGCUGGUUGGGGCAGCAUUUGGAGCUGCUGGUCAGCGCUGCAUGGCUCUUUCCACAGCAAUCUUUGUGGGGGAAGCUAAAAAGUGGCUGCCAGAACUAGUGGAUCGUGCCAAAAACCUGAGAGUCAAUGCAGGAGACCAGCCUGGAGCUGAUCUUGGCCCUCUGAUCACUCCCCAGGCCAAAGAACGAGUCUGUCAUCUAAUUGAUAGUGGAACAAAGGAGGGAGCUUCCAUCCUUCUUGAUGGGCGAAAAAUUAAAGUCAAAGGCUAUGAAAAUGGCAACUUUGUUGGACCAACUAUCAUCUCAAAUGUGAAGCCAAAUAUGACCUGUUACAAAGAGGAGAUUUUUGGUCCAGUUCUUGUGGUUCUAGAGACAGAAACAUUGGAUGAAGCCAUCAAAAUUGUAAAUGAUAACCCAUAUGGAAAUGGAACUGCCAUCUUCACCACUAGUGGAGCCACUGCUCGGAAAUAUUCUCACCUGGUGGAUGUUGGACAGGUGGGAGUGAAUGUCCCCAUUCCAGUGCCUUUGCCAAUGUUCUCAUUCACUGGCUCUCGAUCUUCCUUCAGGGGAGACACCAAUUUCUAUGGCAAACAGGGCAUCCAUUUCUACACUCAGUUAAAGACCAUCACUUCUCAGUGGAAAGAAGAUGAUGCUACUCUUUCCUCACCUGCUGUAGCCAUGCCUACCAUGGGCCGUUAGAAACAAGUUUGUUUAAGACUCAGUCCGUCCUGAAUAAUCUGCCUUUAUUUUUGACCAGCUUGAUUUGCCAACUUUGCUCAGAUUGGAUCCCUGGAAUUGGAAUACAUUGUAACCAAAAUCUUUCUCAGAACUAUCAGUCCCUACGAAGUUGCUAUAGGCAGACUAUUAGUGUAACAUUGAAACCAGAUUUUUCACUUGCUCUUCAUACUUAACAUUUUUGAGGUAAUUGUGACUGUGAAAUGCUUAUCUGGGAAUAAGAGCUUAAACGUGUUUUCUAAAAAUUCUUCCCUUUUCUGAUGACUUAAAGGAGGGGAAGGUGACUAUAUGUAAAGAAGGUCUUCCAAUAAUUGGAAGAUGAACUCUUUGAUGAGAAAGCAGGAUAGAAAUAAUUCACCCUCCUCUGGUUGAUCCUCAGACACAGCCCUACAUAAAUGCCAGCGGGGGAGUCCCUCUGCAAAUUUUUCCUGAGCCUGUCUUUUACCCUACACUACAUAAGAUAUUAUACAUUUCUAUUUAUCCCAAAACUGUGACAACCACUUCUUUUCUGCUCAGUACCACUUUGUUGUCCUAGUAAUUCAUGACCACCAUUUAAUUCUAUCAUUGUUACUGUGCCUGCUUCUGAAGAUCACCUCAGUGAUACCUCAGUAAACAAUGAAUAAAUCAACUUUUUGUUAUGUGUGCCAAGUGUUAAGUUUUGGGGUUUGCUUCAGCAAUCUUUAAUUAAUGCUCCAGCCAUUAAUUCAGAUGCAAAUUAUUUUCUUAGAAAAUUAUUUCAAGUUUUUUUAAGCUCGGAAAUCAAGGAGUGUUCCAAACAUGAAAGUGGGUGAGAACUCUUGCCUUAAGCAAGUCUAACCUGAUAGUACUUGCUGAAUUUUAUAUGUUCUUUGCUCUUUUCUGCAUUUCUUAUUAGUGAUAUACUUUUCAAUGAAAGAGCUCUUCAUGUAAUUCAAUUGAUUGGGGCCUAAGAAUUUCAAAGCUUUUCAUGACAUAAAGUGGUCAAAAAAGAAAUGCCUUUUGGAUACAUGAUGAACUAUUGAGAAAAUAAAAAAAAAAAAAAAAAAA